AUGAAAAAAUAUCGUGAUGUUCCAGAUCUUUCCUCGGAACUUGUAACGGAAAUCUUGUCACGACUUCCAGUGAAGACUAUCAUUCGAUUCACGAGUGUUUCCAAGUCAUGGAAAUCACUCAUCAUCCACGAUCCAUCAUUCGUGAAAAUGCAUCUUAGUAGAUCGCCCAAAAACACUCAUAUCAUCCUCUCCUUAGAAGAAGACUCUAUGAAUGUUGAAAAUAAGGAUACUCUUGUUGUUCCAUGCUCUGUACGUUGUUUGAUGGAGGAUCCUUGGUCCGCGAUCAAGGGUGCAGGGUGCUACCAAUUGAAGUACAAUUAUUUUAUCGUUGGUUCCUGCAAUGGGUUGGUCUGUUUGGGCUAUUUUUGUGAUGAUAGAAAAAUUAAAGAAUUAUGGGUCUGGCUAUGGAACCCGGCAACAAACUUGAGAUCUAAGAAGUCACCACCCUUUCGUAUGAAGAUCAAAAAUUCAGAGUAUGCGUCAUGGCGUAAGAUAAGUUAUGGGUUCGGCUAUGAUCAUUCACGUGAUACUUACAAGGUGAGUAAAAAUUCCAAAUCCAACCCUUUUGUGGUGGUGGUUCAUUGGGAUCGUACAAAGCAGAAAAUGGAGACAAUGGUUCAUUACAUGGGUGAUAUUUAUUGGAGGAAUAUUUUGAGUGAUCAUAGUUCCCCAAAUUUGCUAGAGCAAAUAGAGGGGCAAUUUGUGGGCGGUUGUGUUAACUGGUUAGCACUUGAAAAUGUGAAUGGUCCCAACUAUCAAUGGGUCAAUGUUACUCUCCAACAACUGGUUAUUGCUUCCUUUGACAUGAGUAAGGAGGUGUAUAUGUAUCUGCCAAUUCCUGAGGGUGUUAGUGAGGUGCCCCAUUUUGAGCCAAAUCUUGGGGUUCUAAGGAAUCACAUGUGUUUCUUUCAUGACCAUAAUAAAACUCAUUUUGUUGUGUGGAAAAUGAGAGAGUAUGGAAUCAGAGGGUCUUGGACUCGGUUGGUGAGUGUCACUUAUGAGCAUCUUAAAUGUGAUGGCAUUUUGUACCGCCCGUUGCCGUUGUGUUUGUCUGAAGAUGGUGACAUCAUUUUGCUCGAAAGUACUGAGGAUUUGGAGGUUAUCAAGUAUAAUAUAAGAGACAAUAUAGCAGAAUAUAUUCAAAUUCCCAUCAAUGAAGUUUCGUUGAAAGCCGAUGGUUAUGUACCGAGUCUGGUUUCGCCUUUUCAAGACAAAGAAGACGGACGAGAUUGA